AUGCUGUCUGCCGCGGACCUGCGUGAUCCAACGAGCGCUGCAUACAAGAAGGCUAGGAAGAGGCACCUGAAGACAACGAGAAACAGGGACGAGCAGCUCGAGGCCGACUGGACACCGUUCCGCGCAGCGGAGAAGAAGUACAAGGCGCGCUUUCCCCCUCCCGACCUUUCUGAUGUUCUUGACCUCGCACUGCUCGAUGAAUCGAGGGCUGAGGAGACUAAGAGGGGAGGCUGGUGGGGCAAGCCAGACGCGCUGCAAUGCAAGGAGAUCCGCAUGAACCACACCGAGGGGAAGACGGCCUACGUCUUCCCGAGCACACCUGGACUUGUCCUGCUACCUUCUUUUGUCUCCCCUGAGGAGCAGAGACAUCUCGUGCGCUGGGCGCUGUCUGAUCACGCCCGCCCUCCUAACGAAACGAACCUCGACACGCACUACAUCCUCCCAGAGGAAGGGCUAUGGAACAAAUAUGUCAAUGUGCGACGGCAUGUUUGCGAAGAUGAGUUCAUACAACCUCGAGCAUCUCUUACUAUGGCGACGGACUCAAUUUCCACUGUGAUAUCCGAGCCAACUGGCCCCAGGAAAUUGAUUUCCAACGAGCCCGUGAGCAAAGACAACUACGCAGCCAUAUCAGCCGCUCCGAAGCCUCCUCUCGCACCGUCUCCGUCGGUGCAUCCUUUGACCACUUCUGCACUCAUCCAAAAAUUGCGCUGGGCGAAUAUCGGGUGGUCCUACCACUGGGGAAGCAAGCAAUAUGAUUUCUCCAAAGGUAAGGUGGAAAUACACGACGAUGUGAAACGUGUUUGCAAGAGGGCCGUGGAUGCGGUCGACUGGUUCGAAGUCUUCGGCGAUGGUGUUCCCGAUUGUGGUGAUUGGGGGGAAGAUGGACCAGACUGGGAGUCGUGGAAUGAGACGUAUGAACCCGAUGCCGGAAUCGUGAAUUUCUACCAAGUCAAGGACACACUCAUGGCCCACGUCGAUCGUUCAGAAGUUUGUGCAACAUCCCCGCUGGUCUCGAUAUCACUAGGCUGCGCUGCAGUUUUCCUCAUAGGCGGCCUGACACGAGACGUCGAGCCGACCCCCAUUCUCCUCCGUUCCGGAGACGUGGUGAUCAUGUCCGGGCCUGCCUGUCGACGAGCCUACCAUGGUGUACCGCGGAUACUCGAGGACACCCUCCCGCCUCACCUAGAAGCCAGCGCUGCGGACGAAGAUUGGGAACUGUACGCAGAAUAUCUGCAUACCACACGCGUCAACGUCAAUGUGCGACAGGUGUUUCCUGUCCUGCCUGUUGAUACUCUCAAAGUGCGAUGA